UCCAUUCGGUCAAUGAAAUAUUGUCUCUGGAAAUAACAAGCCUUGAUAACAAGCCCUCAUGGUGUGAUAAAUGAUGUAAACAUACGCGGUGAAAGUGAUUAUUACCCAAAGUUUGAAAUUGAGUGUUUAGGUUUUGUGUUAAUUUGAAAUGCGGACUUUUUUUACCCAUAUAAGUUAUCUAUUUUCCUCUCUUACAUCUGUACCCACUAAGCAUGAGUUCACCACCUUUCCAGAUUCAAAAGUUUGAAAAUUGUGUCAAGAAAUUAAGCUCUAUAGUCAAUUUUCGGAGCAAAGGUGAUGGCUUAAUUAUCAGUGAAAUUUUAGAUGAGCUAAAUUCGUUAGACUUUAACAUCAUCUCCGUCAAGCCUGAGAAAGCGGCUCUGAGUAUUCACCACCUUUGUUCACUGGUAUCAUCGUCCGAUGAAGCUUUGGCGGCUAAAUGCUGUCAGUUAAUUGUCAGUUAUGUUCUCAAACAGAAUGUACAAAUUGGGGGCAGCAUAUUGAGUUUGUCAGUGCACUGGUGUCUGGAGGCAAUCAAGUAUGCUGAAACGUUCCCCGCCUUGUGCAAUCUCUUGCAAGGACUUGAAGCUUUACUCCGUUCCAAUAACUUGAACGACCUGGAUUCUGUUCCAAAUCUUGUUGAAUAUCUUCUCCAGCCCCUUGAUACCAAUGUUAAACUCUCAAACUCGACAGAGGUAAGGCUUUUCCAGCUGAAAUGCCUGCAAAAUUUAUCAUCACAUCUGAGUCCUCAGCAAGCAGAUUUAGUUUUAGCUCAUGUGUCGGAGUUUAUGCAAAACACUCAGAUCACUUCCAAUGAUGAUUUUUAUCUUUCAGAGGUUUUUUUAUCUGGACUGGAGUUAAUGAGACAGCUUUGUUCCGAUGAAUGGUUGAGCUCAAAUCUAGGUCGAGUUCUUGGUGUGUGUAUCUGCUUUGCUUCAUAUGGGCUGCCAAACGUUGAAUUCCAUCAUCCGUCCACCUUAUAUCCCUCACCAGGAUAUCAAUAUCAGCCACCUGCAGAGAAAUCAGCAAACAAGAAAGGUAACAAAGUGCGCCUACGGAAGAGGAAGAAGUUAAAAGAAGAUGGUAAAUCGGAAGAAGCAGAUCAUGAAGCCUGUUUUCCGGGAAUUAACUUUGGACCGAAAGGCACAUUGGGUGCCCUAACGAGUGAUUCAGAUUCCUCUGAUGUCGAGUAUCGCGAUUUCAGAGUCGGUCUGAAGUUGAAGAAGUUGCAGUUACGUGUCAGGAUGACAGCCCUUCUUCUGUUACUUAAAAUUACUGAGAUGGUAGAUUUCAAAGAGAUUUUUGGUUACUGGACUGCCCUUUUCAGGGGAAACCUGUCCCUCUUGAAUGUUUUGAUAAAAGACUCUUCAGUGAGAAUGACACCAGUCAUUACAACUGUCAUCUACACUUUACUCUCCAACUCAAAAUUAUUCCUGGCGCAAGCUCAACAGAGCGAGCGGAAUGAGACGGCAGCUUUCACGCCAUUUUCAGCCACUCUUGCGGAGCUCCUUUGCUAUAUUCAUAAUCAGUUCAAUGUUGCAAUUAAGCAGUUUUUGUCAGUCCAUCGAUUCCCUGCCUUGCUUCAUUGUGUGUCCUCUUUGAUCAUGAAUACCCCCUACCACCGUCUCAAACCAGGUCUUAUUACUGAACUUCUCAGAAAUAUUUACUCUGCUCUCCAUCAUAAAGAGACAGAUGUGGCUGUGGCAGCUAUUACAUGCAUCAGCACUAUUGCAGCGAUAGACCCCAAAACUGAAGAACAAGAGCAGCUUUUCUUGUGCGGGAAGCCCCCUAACUUUCAAGACAUGAUCCCCACAGUUGACGAACCGUGGAUCAUUUCACUGGCAAUUCAAUCUUUAGAGGCUAAGAAAGAAGUAACUCCAAUCCAAGUGGAGUAUUUGCAACUGAUCAAAGUAUUGGCCAAGAAUAAUCACAAAAUAUUUUCUGAAAAAGUAAUCGAAAGUCUGCUUGCUGUCUUGGUGAGAAACCUCCAAGAAGAGGAUAACGCUGUGGUACAAUUACACUCCGUCAAUGUAGUAGAACAGAUCUCUGCAUAUCUGCAGUUAGCUGGUCUUAAAGAUUUGAGCCUGAACCUGUGGAGUUCUUUGCUAGGAGGACCACUCAUCCCUCUUUUCCAACAAGUAAAAGGACAGCUUCCAGCAGCGGCGUGUGAUUGCCUCACAGCGUUGGGCUCAUCAACUUUUAGUGAGCUGGAUUCGCGGUUACAAUCACUCUGUGUUUCACUCGUUUUCGGGUGCGCCGGACAUGAAGAGCCCACGGUUCGUGCGGCAGCUAUUCAAGUCAUUGGAACAUUCCUCAGCUACCCUUCUCUAGUCAGUGAUGUCCAGUUUGUGUCGGAUGCAUCCAAAUCUGUUGUCGAUUUAAUGACCGAUAAAAGUUUAUUUGUGCGUAUGAAAGCUUCAUGGGCAUUAGCAAACUUGUCGGAUAUUUUUCUUGUUGAGAGUUCAAUGAAAAGCUGCUUGGUGAUAUCUCCUUUGCUGAAAACAUGCAUGAAUGCUGCUCAAGAUCACGACAAAGUAAAGUGGCAUGGUGUGCGAGCUUUAGGAAACAUUCUCAGGGUAAUCUCAGACUCAGAGUUGGAGACACUGCAGAAAGAAGAUAUAAUUACCGCAACCUCAAUUCUCAUUACAAAUGCCUCUUCAAGUUCUUUGAUGAAAGUUCGCUGGAAUGCCUGCUAUGCUAUUGGAAACUUGCUAAAAAAUUCGUACCUUCAUUCAUAUUCAGCUGAUUGGCAAAGCAACGUAUUCAAAGUGCUGUCAAACUUGGCUCUUGAAUGCUCCAACUUCAAAGUUCGAUUGACAGCAUGUGCAGCCUUGGUGUCUGUUCCAUCAAGAGAACUUUACAAAGAACAUUACUUACCUCUUUGGCCUACCUUCAUUCAAGCUUUGGAGAACUCUCAAAGCAUAACAGAUUUUACAGAGUACAAACACCAGCACAACCUCAUCGACCAGAUUUGUCUAUCCAUUAGUUACCUAGCGAAGUUGUGCAGGCCUGAAGACCUCGACCACAUAGAGGAGAUUUUGAUUGUAAAUGUUGAAAUGCUGAAGGAUAAUUUCGUCAAGUUUCACAAUCGAGUCGUACCCGAAAAAUCAAGUGAGCUAUCGGAAGCUACAAGUUACCUUUUAUCUCUUCUGGACUCUGGUGACGUUUCAAAAAGGCGCUCUGAAACUAUUUGCAUCCUGAUUUCACUAUUCACAAAUGAUGUAAUUUGAAAAAUCAGAGUAAUAAUCUCGCUCUAAAGAGUGUCACUGUGAAAGAGACUGAAGGCAGGGUUGCCACAGUCAAGAAACACCGGACAAUAUUAGGGAUAUCCUGGAAAUGUCAAGAGAAAAUGACGAAAGUGUCAGGGAAAAAUUGUGAAGCCGCCUUUGUUUGUUUUAAAGAAUAAGUUUGACUUUUUGAACAACAGAUUUUGUAUAAGAACCAUUUCAAAUUAUGCAAUUUUAACCUUCUGGCAUUUCUUUAAUUGUAAGAGAAUUUUAUCAAAAUGUGACAAGAAAAUCAGAAGAAUGUCAGGGAAUUUCAUUCUCUAAAUUCAAAUUCUGUGGUAACCCUGCAAAGAAUGAAGAGUAUUCUCAUUUCUUGCAUUCCAUGAAGGGAUUCUAAUCGGAAGCCAUUCAUUUUUGUCAUUUACCAAACUUCGAGUUUCUAAGUUACAUUUUUGAACAUAUAUCCUGGGCCAAAAGUGGUUUUUGGAAUAAUUAAUUUGCUGAAUGCGAUUUUUGUCUGAAGUUACACAAAAAUUACCAUGUCAUUCAUUGUUGAUGAAUGUUUAUAACAAGCCCAUUGUUAUUUCAUUAAUCACAGAUGGUAAUGCCUUUAGAAAAGCUUCUUGUCUGACACGAUAUGCUACAUUAACACACGGGCACACGUCUACUAAGAUUUUUUUUUUCACUUUCAUGUCACAUUAAUGAUUUGUAAUUUGAACUUGUGGUAUAGGCUGAUGUAACUACCUUUAGCUUCUCAGACAACAUCCAUUGCCUGAACAUGCUUUUGUGUAACUUAUUAAGUGGUAUCAUCAUUCAGGACCAUUUUCCAGGGAUAAAACAGUUUGAUAUGUGAAAUUUUUUACGCCUUCGGUCGUCAUGUUCCUUUUAUACUAAUGCAAUUUAUUUUUUACUUACACUGCAAGUUUUUAUUGGAAGCUAGGUUUAGGAAGUAAAAUUUCUAAUUAAGUACAAUGAACUUCAAAAAAUGCAUGCUUAAAAUAUUUGAAGGCGCAAUUUUUUUUUUCCUGUCAGUGUUUCAAAUAAGAAAGAAUUUUAAACUAGCUCUUCAAGUUUUUACCUGUGCCAUUCAAGUGCUGUAAACAUAUGCACUUGAAAGCAGGUAUGAAUUAAAAAUAACUUUUGAAUCACAUUAGGCAACUGAAAUACCUACCUACCAAAGAUUUCUUUUUCUGCCAUGAAAACAGCUCAAGAAGAUUUUUUAUGGGAUCUGCAUCUUUAUAUGAACCAUGAUUUUUGCAGUUACUUUUUUUUUUUCCCUUGCAAUAAUUUUCUUCUCUAUUACCUACACCGAUACCCUGGUGACUGUUGAAAAUGGUUACUUAUACAUAGGUACAUGGGUAACUGUUAAAAAUAUGUUUAUAUUUUUACAACAAGCUCCAGCUUUUGAUUAAUAAUAGUAGCCUUCUUUUAACAUAUUUUGAAGUAUUAAAAAAAAUUCAUAAAUGGUUUAUUUUAUUUUGUUAUUUUAACUUUCCGAUCAUUGUUACUUGAUGGUUCUUUCAAAAGGGCCUUCGUUGUUCAUUAAUUUUAUACCACUAAUAAAACGUUAUUUUU